CUUUCGCACUGCUCGUCACCCCGAAACGGCUCGUCUGCAAGGCUCAACUGUCGAUCUCGCAGGAGUCCAGGCUGCCGGCGCGUAUCGCUUUUGAUGCGGGGCCUUUUCGCAUUUUCCCUGCACAGACGCCGCAUUGGGCAUGCCGAACUGAUCAUAUCCUUCGAGCGUCUCGUUUUCUGAUGUGAUACCGCAGCGUGCUCUCCCCUACUAGCUUAAAUACUCCUGCGUUUGUGUCAUGACCAUCACACCUCCCCCCGCCCUCGCAUUCCACCUCCACCUCCCGCUCAUCCAUGGAAGAGUUCCACAUCGUCUUCGAGGCUCCCCAGGACGGCCAGACUAGGAAGAAGCGUGCUAGGCUCGUAACUUCCUGCGACCACUGCCGCCUCAAGAAAAUCAAGUGUGUCCAGUCGCGCAACUCGAGCAAGUGUGCCGCGUGCGCUGCAGCGCGCGUCGCCUGCAAGUACCACGACCGAGAGCAGUACUUUGCCGAGCGGGGCCGUAUCAUGUCUCGCAACUCGCCACCAUCCUGCCGCCAGAAAAUCUCCAUGUGCGGCAACGAUCCGCAGAUCUCUAUCACCGUUAUGGACACCUACCACGAUCCGCAAAGCAGCUCUUCGUCCGACGCUUCCAGUCCUUCCUCCAGCGUCACGGACUGCAGCCCUUCUCCCACUUCUGCGUACUCAUCCCUGGAGCCGUUUAUCCAUACGGAGCCAUUCGAAGACAGCAUUACGCUGUCUCCUCCGCCCUUAUGGCAGAGCCCGUGCGAUAUCCCUUCUCCAAUCUAUUCCCCAAACAAGACUCCCUUCAACGUUGGCACAUGUUCGUAUGGCAUUAUUCCAGAACCUCUGCCUUCCAUCCAGCAGUCAUCGUAUCUUCUCCCCCUCUUUGAUCCUCAAUGGCCAGAUCGGCCACACCAGACGCUCAUGAUGCAUUUCAUCCAAACGUACUUCGAUCACUAUGGCCAGUCGUUCCCGUGCCUUGCAUACGAUGAAACGGUCCGGCUAUUCCUGGAACAGACGCUCUCCCCUCUCAUCGCGACUGGUAUCGCCGCGCUCGCUGCUUGGUAUUCGGAUGUUCCCGAGGUAGUCCGGAGAGGAGCGGCUGACGUCUGCGCCGCUUACUGUUCACAUGCUAAGGCGUUGGUCUCGCGGAUGGAACACCUGCAUUCCGUCGAGACGGUACACGGGCUCAUACUCGUUGCUUGGGCGGAGUAUAAGCGGGCACGCAUGUCUGAAUUCUGCGCGCAUGUAAAGCAAGCAAAGCGCAUCUCAGAAGAGAUUGGCCUGGCCAAUGGGACACUUAUCCAAUUGGCAUCGAGUGACUACGAGGAGAGCAUCCUUCGCAACACGUGGGGCGUUCUGCGACAAUUAGUCACGACGGUUGAUACCUGGACUGCGUGA